CGUUUGGUCGCUUGCCGCUAGCAGUUGAUCAAUUUGGCGUUCUCCCCUUAAUCGAUAGUUUGCGAAUUGCGUGGCCUAUGCAAAUUGAGUAAUUUAAAAUUCUUAGACACAGACACACACAGACUGAAUUCGAGGUGAGAGAUGUCGUUUCUGGUGCUGUUGCUCAUUUUGUACAUCAUCUGGGAUGUGAAUUACUUCAUACGUUGCGUCUUCACGGUGUUCAUCGGCCGGCUGUUUCAAGGCAAGCGCAAGGUGACGGACACAACAACGAUCUACGGCCUGUGCACCUCCCAAGAUGUCGACAUCUUCAUCCGGCACAUGAACAAUGCACGCUAUUUGCGUGAACUGGACUUUGCCCGCUUCCAUUUCUAUGCGCUGACCAAUCUCUAUGAGCUGGUGCGUCAGCGUGGCGGCGGCGCCGUUCAGGGUGCCAGCAGUGUACGCUAUCGUCGCACCAUACCCAUCUUCCAUCCGUACAAGAUACAGACGCGUCUCGUCUGGUGGGAUGAGAAGGCCAUCUAUUUGGAGCAACAGUUCAUUACGCUGGCCGAUGGAUUUGUGCGCGCCGUCGCCUUAUCCAAGCAGUGCAUUACCAAAUGCAAUGUGAAUGAUCUGCUCAAAACGUAUCCGGAGGCGGCCAAACGGCCGGAGAUGCCAGCGGAUCUCAAGCUCUGGCUUGACGCCAUUGAGGUGUCUAGCGAGAAGUUGCGCAAAGAGAAAUGAAUGGAAAUUUAAAAUGAAAUUUGAAAUUUGAAAAUUGAAAUAAACUCCUCUUGCCUUGGGCCUGGGAUCAUUAGCGUCUCUGCUCAUGCGCAGCUGUGUUUUUUUCUUUCUA